UUUCCAUUCUUAAACCGGCGAGACUGUGUACGCACAAGCACGAUCGACGCGAGGCGAGCAGUACAGCAACUUCACCGGACCAAAUUCGCUCUCACAGUCACACAUCUUGCCUGCCUUCUUCUGGCACCGCGUUUUGCUAUUUGAUCAUCAUCAUCUUCCGAAUAUCCCAAAAAUCCCACACUGUCGACGGUGACACUGGAUUCGAGCCAAAUCAAUUCAUACUAAGACGUCGUGGACUUAUUAGUUGGGUUAUCUAAAAACCUGCACAUAGACAUUUGUAGAGAAUAUCUGGAUAACGUUAACGGGAGAGCUUCCUCCAUCGCAGCCGCUUAGAACACGCGAGCAUCACAUCACCACGAGCGAAGGCUGACUCAUUCUACUCAUCCGAAACCAUGUCGGAGUACAGUUCCCUGCUCAGCGACCUGGCUGAGAACAUCACCAAUGAGGAUCUGGAGCAGCUCAAGUCGGCCUGCAAAGAGGACAUCCCCGAGGACCAGAGCAACACCAUCACCUCCUCCAGAGACUGGUUCACCUACCUGGAGAAGAACGACAAACUGGCACAGGAUAACCUGUCCUAUAUCGAGCACAUCUUUGAGAUCUCGCGGCGGCCGGACUUGCUGACGCGCGUCAUCGAGUACCGUACCACCGUGCUCAAGAUCUCAGAGGACGAUGAGAUCGACACCAAACUCACACGCAUCCCCUCCGCCAAGAAAUACAAGGAUAUCAUUCGUCAGCCCUCAGAGGAUGAGAUCAUCAAGCUGGCCCCUCCCCCAAAGAAGGCGUGAGCUCUCAAGGUCAUGACCUUUGGGGGUCAUCAGCCUUGCCAACAUCACCCACUCCCUGACACCGCACCCCACCCCGGCCCAACCAAACCAUCUGCAGCAGCAUCUCACACCCUCAUCUGACCAUGUUCA